UUCCAACGACACGUGAAUGCAACUUCGGUGAGGUCACUACAGUGCGGUGAAAUUAGCUUGAGUAGCGGGUGCACGGCUAAGCUUGAAUUUUAUCAUCUUGUUUAUGUGCACAGUAGGUUCAAUAACAACAUUUUAAACAAUGGCUGGAAGUGCUGGAGAGUGGUGCCUGAUGGAGAGUGACCCUGGCGUGUUCACAGAGCUCAUCAAAGGUUUUGGUUGCAAAGGUGCACAGGUUGAAGAGAUAUGGAGUAUGGAGCCAGAGAACUUCGACAACUUGAAACCAGUUCAUGGGUUGAUUUUCCUCUUCAAGUGGCAGCCAGGUGAAGAGCCAGCAGGAUCAAUUGUUCAGGAUUCAAGACUGGACCACAUCUUCUUUGCAAAACAGGUCAUUAAUAAUGCCUGUGCCACCCAGGCAAUAGUCAGCGUUCUUCUCAACUGCUCCCAUUCAGACAUGCUGCUGGGAGACACACUGACAGAAUUCAGAGAGUUCUCACAGAGUUUUGAUGCUGCAAUGAAAGGUUUGGCUCUUAGCAACUCCGAAGUGAUCCGACAAGUUCACAACAGCUUUGCCAGACAGCAAAUGUUUGAAUUCGACACCAAGUCGUCAGCAAAGGACGAAGACGCCUUCCACUUUGUCAGUUAUGUUCCUGUAAAUGGCCGACUAUACGAGCUGGAUGGACUCCGAGAGGGACCAAUUGACCUAGGUGCGUGUAACCAGGAUGACUGGAUAAGUGCAGUGCGUCCAGUGAUUGAGAAAAGAAUACAGAAGUACAGUGAAGGAGAGAUCCGAUUCAACCUAAUGGCCAUCGUGUCAGACAGAAAGAUGAUAUACGAGAGAAAAAUCGCAGAGCUUCAGGCACAGCUCACUGAGGAUGAACCCAUGGACACAGAUCAGAGCAGCACGUUCCUCAGCUCCAUCCAGUCAGAGAUUGCAAAGCACCAGCUCCUUAUUGAAGAGGAAAAUCAGAAACUUAAAAGAUAUAAGAUUGAAAACAUUCGACGAAAGCACAACUACCUUCCGUUCAUCAUGGAGCUGCUGAAGACGCUGGCAGAGUACCAGCAGUUAAUACCUUUGGUGGAGAAGGCGAAGGAGAAACAGAGUGCCAAAAAAGCCCAGGAAGCCAAGUGAACAGAGAAGCCUGAAAUCUCACACACACACACACACACACACACACAAACACACAAACACACACACACACACAUUCAGAACCAUGCAGUCCCCCUUUCAUCACUGAGCCACAUAUUGUCAUUUUCAUAUUAAUGUCCGUGGAUGUUCAGCAGCACGAGCUCACCGUGGCAUCCUGUGAACCAUCCACACUUAAAGAACUGCACUGCAGGUGUAGCAGAGAGACUUCCCUCUGAAAGCUCUCUAUGUGAGUGUCCAUCUGCUCUAAUGCAUGAUAGAAGGAAACUUGUGCUCAAAUAAUGUUCUGUCUUAUUUUCAUAAUAAAAUGUUUAGAUGUUUGUGAAAUUAUGUUUUCAUGAACAGAUUGACGAAACUCA